CGAUACAGCAUCCUUUUCCUCGGAAAUUCGUCCUCUCUAACGAGAAAAGCACAACGUUUUGACCUCAGCCUGUAUCUGGACAUCGGCAAACGGCCCAGCAUGUCAGCAGCACCUGUAGCGCCCACCGCAAUGAGCUCGCAGUUUCCCAAUGAGUCGCCAAUCAUUGUUGAUGAACACCUUGAUGAAGACGCAACAUCAGAUGUCACCAGCGUCAGCUUUAUGAGCUCCAGCGUCCUGGAGCCAAUGUCGCUCAUGAAUCCUGCAGACCUUCAACAUCACCAAUUCCUCCAUUCUGUCGAUGGAAAACUUGGCCUCUCACCGCCGAACCAAGAUGACUACCCCGCCAAGCGUGUUCUCGAUAUUGGUACUGGAACCGGGACUUGGGCAAUUGAGUUCGGUGAGCUCAAGCCCGAAGCAGAGUCAAGAGUGCCGCCCAACGUAACAUUUGAGGUGGAUGACAUCGAAGAACCGUGGACGUUCUCCUUGCCAUUUGACUACAUUCACAGUCGAAUGAUGACGUCUAGCAUAUCUGAUUGGAGACGACUCAUUCAAAAUGCUUUCGAUAAUCUCACGCCCGGUGGCUACCUCGAGCUCCAGGAGAUGGAUCUCAUGCCUCAAUCCGAUGACGGUAGUCUGAAACCCGACGCUGCGGUUGUGCGGUGUUUUGCCCUCCUUGGGAAGGCGGCUACGGUACUUGACCGAUCCUUUCAAGACAUCCCGGAUCUCGUCAACGUGAUGCAAAAAAUAGGUUUCGUCGACGUCUCAAUCAAGAAGGUGAUGUGGCCAGCAAAUACUUAUGCACUAUAUGGAAGAAAACCUAAAGCCAGGUGA